UGCCCCCCUUAACACUAUAUAUCUUUGUCAUUCUACUCUCAAGUCUGAACUAGAUAUGUUAAUUUUAUAUUAUUAGCAAAUUUUCAUCUUUAACCACUUGAAAAUAAAGUAAAAGCUAAAACGGAAGAUUUGGAAGAUAUAAUCCGAUAGAAAACCAUCAAAUCGCGAUAAGUUGUGGAAGUAGAUUGUAUGGAUGGAAGGAUUGUUGCGAACUACGACAGCUAAACGAUCGAAACAGCAAAUAAGGUGGAGUGGAAAAAGGCAGAGAAGACAUCAAAAGACGAGCUCAAACCCUGAUGCGUUCACCCACUUGCACGCUUCCUUUGCAAGCAUGAAAUCCUUAGUUCGCCUGCUACCACGUGGGUAUUUUGUAUCCAUUGAGCAAAAACGAGUUGUAAUUGUGUAGCGGUCGGUAUCUGAAAACAUAUCUUCAGGACGUCCUAAAGCAUCGAACAAGCCCAAGAUCCGCCUCUUACUUACCUACCUUCCCAAACUAGCUAGUCAGGGCGGACUUCAUUCUCCGAAGGAAGGGCAGUUGAACUCAUACUUGUCAUUCAGAGGAAUCGCUCCCAUGUUGAAUUCCCAAAAAAUCAGAAAAGAACCUAAAUAUAUAUUUCAUCUACAUAACUCGACUCAUUUAGACCCUUGCUCUAUUAUAACAUAAGGAUGUUUCUAGUUUGUACAGUGUCCAUACCUUAUCCACUAUGAUCUGUAUAUGUUACAGCCGUAUAAAGCAAUUAGAGUGAAGUUAAGAAGAAUCAUUUCCUUUAGUUGUUUUCAAGUGAUUGAGAGUACUCAUCCUCUUCAUAAUUUUCUAACAUUUGGUAUCAAAAUCACUUGUCUAGAAGGAUUUAAGAAAAAUCCGAAUUACCGAAAGAUCUAAGAGAAUGAAUCUUCAGAACAAAUUGUUUUGGUAGAUGGAACUGCCAUGAAUUCAAAGUUAAACAACUCUUCAGGGGUGUUUUUUAGGGGCAAGGAGCCCAACAAAGGUGUUAACCUUGAUAAAGCAGUUGCUUAUGAAAUAGUUGCGUGACAACAAAUCUUGAAUAGAGGGGUAGCGAAUGAUACUGCCGUGAGAAAGAUGAAUGAGAAAACUCACACUCUUAUCUAUCAAUGGGAUUGAUGAAGAGAUUUCUAAUCUAUCAAAGAGGAAGAUAUGGCACCAAUAUGAGGAGUAGGAGGAGAUAUGGAGGAUGAUCAGAUCAUUGCAAGAUCAAUUAGACGAUCAUUGAAUUCAUGAUUUAAUUUUGUGGUUGUUUUUGAGCCAAGUGUCCAUUGGAAACAACUUUUGUUCUUUUACGAGAAUGUUCAUCAAGGCUGUCCAAGGGACGUUUAUCUGCGGUUCCUAACAGCAAGAGAGGGAAAUGUUGCAAAUGCUCAUAAAAUGUUGGUUGAUUCUUUGACGUGGAGGGUCCAAAAUGAGAUAGAUGAUAUUUUAGCGAAACCUAUCCUUCCUACUGAACUUUGCAGAGCAAUUCGUGAUUCUCAACUAAUAGGAAUGCCAGGUUACACAAGAGAGGGCCUUCCAAUAUUCGCUUUUGGUGCAGGUCUCAGCACAUUUGAUAAAGCAUCUGUCCAUUAUUAUGUGCAAUCACACAUUCAGAUUAAUGAAUAUCGUGAUCGCGUGGUUAUGCCUGCUGCAUCUAAGAAGUAUGGGAAACCUAUCAACAAAUCUGUGAAGGUUUUAGAUAUGACCGGCUUGAAACUUUCAGCUCUAAACCAAAUAAAGUUAUUGACUAUAAUUUCCUCCAUCGAUGACCUAAACUACCCGGAGAAGGUAGUUGCAUACUACAUUGUGAAUGCUCCCUAUAUCUUUUCAGCUUGUUGGAAGGUCGUCAAACCUCUUCUACAGGAGAGAACCAGGAAAAAGGUUCAGGUUUUAUCAGGUUGUGGACAGGAUGAUCUAUUAAAGAUCAUGGACUAUUCGUCACUCCCCCAUUUUUGCCGGAGAGAAGGUUCUGGAUCUUCCAAAUACUCGGGCAGCUUGAAUGAAAAUUGUUAUUCCUUGGAUCAUCCGUUCCACCAGCAACUUUAUGAUUACAUAAAACAGCAGGCAUUAAUUCGUAGGCCUGUUCGGCCUGUUAAACAAGGCUCUGUCCAUGUGGAUUUUCCUGAUGCUGUCACCGAGGGGACUGAGUUUGUUCAGACGUUGGCAUCAGAAUUUCAAAAAUUUGAAAAGCAAAAUGGUCUUGCUCAAUCGCUAGAUGACCUUAAUAUCAAUGAUCAUCGAUCAUAGAAUGUUGAGGUCCAAUAACUUUCUAAAAUAACAGUUUAGGUCGUUAUGCACUUUACCGGCUGGCCGACUAUUCUGGAUCCUCAGGCAAGUAUAGGAUUAAUAGCUCGAGCAGUAUAGCAGAGGUUUUCUUCUAAUUAGAGGCCUCAAAUUUUAUAUGUUGUAGUUGCACGAGGUGCAUUUUCAAUAUUAUAUAUAUAGGGGAUACGUAGUUGACGUUUAUUAUGUUAGAUGUACAUAAGAGGUAUAUGUUAGCUCGAGCUCUUAUUAGUUAUCACAUGUAUCGAAUUUGUCCAUCUCUGAUGCUGACCCUUUUAUGUAUUGGCUUUAUGAUAUAAAUAAUGUCCAGCACAAUCCUGAAAGCUGGUUUGAGGA